AUGGACAGUGCGACGUGGGUGCCGAGCUUAGAUUUGCAUUUGUGGCGUGAGGGCCGUACGGCUGCGAGCGAGCUGCUUCUUGACUCGGGCGUGUACACGGCAUGUGCAGGUGCAGCGGGCUGGAUAUGCGACUCGACCGAGGGCUGGGGUCCCAUGUCGCCCGUACGCGACUUUGAUCUCACGCCGUGCUUCCAGGCAGUGAUGCUCUGGAUUAUUCCAUGCCUUGGUUUUGUACUUUAUGGACUACAUGCACUGCAGGUGCUUAAGCACAUGCCUGUUUUGCAGCGCAGCGACAGCUCGCUGCACUUGUUGCACGAGAAGGACGGCAUUGCGGUCGUAAUCACGAUUCUCUCUGUCUGCCAGGUCCCUGUGAUGCUGGGUCUGCGCAGCCACUUGCAAGGCAGUGCAUUGAUGCUUGUAUCCAAUCUCCAAGUUGUGGCUUCAUUGGUAGAGACGGUUGCGUACGCAUGUGCGCUCUUGCUGCAGCACGCAAGUCAUUUGCGUGCGCGCCACAGUUGCGAUGCCGUGGUCCUUUUUUGGCUUUUGCAGAUGAUCACGGGCCCCAUACAAGUGCGCACGAUGAUCCAACUUGCCCCGAAGAACACCGCCGUGCAGCUUGGCCUUAUCGUGCCCUUUUUCCUGCGCCUGGUCCUGAUUGCGUUCGACUUGGUCAUGGAGUGCAACGGAAUCGAGGGCGGCGAGCGCGAGAUUGCGCUGCAGGAGGGCGAUGAAGAUGUGAUGUACGUGGACAGCGAAGAGCCCGUCGAGGUGGACGAGCCUGCCGCGAGCUAUAAUGACAUGGGCGAAUCGCCACUCGUGAACGCUAGCCUUUUUAGCCGCCUCUCUUUCUCCUGGAUGCAGCCGAUGAUGUCGCUCGGCUCGAAGCGCAGCCUCUUGGAAACAGACAUGUGGGCACUCCCGGCCAACGACGACACCGAGUCGCUUGGCGAUAAGUUCCAACAGAACUGGGCGCGCCAAACAGAGCGCAUUACCGAGCGCGGCGAGCCAUUGCACAACACGCAGCGCAGGCGAUUCUGGAACACACUCCUUGCUUCCUACGGCACACCUUUUUUGGUUGCAGCCGUGUAUAAACUUGUCCAAGACUCGCUCGCUUUUGUCCAGCCCCAGAUUCUAAAGAGUCUUCUUGCAUUUGUGCAAAACUGGGAAAGACACCGCGACGAUCCUGCACAGCACGGCACCGUACUGCGUGGCUACGUGCUUGCUAUGCUGCUCUUCUUGACCUCACUCAUCCAAAUGGUAUGUCUGCACCAGUACUUCCAGUUGGUGAGCGUGGCGGGCAUGCGUGCAAGGGCUGGCGUUGUGAGCUCCAUCUUUCGCAAAUCGCUGCGCCUCUCGAACGAAGCGCGUGGCAAAAGCGCGAGUGGCGAUAUUGUCAACUUGAUGAGUGUCGACGCGAAUCGCUUGCCCGACUUUAUCAUGUACGCACACAUCACCUGGUCCGGCGUAUUCCAAAUUACCAUUGCUUUUAUUUCGCUCUACAGGCUGCUGGGCUGGACUGCGUUUGUCGGUGUCGCCAUCAUGGCUGUCUCGCUGCCGUUCAACGCCGUACUGGCCACGUAUUUGCGCUCGCUCAGUGCGGACCAAAUGAAGGUCAAGGACCGACGCACCCAGAUCAUGAACGAGAUCAUCAUCAACAUCAAGUCGAUCAAGCUCUUCUCGUGGGAGUCUGCUUUCUACGAGCGCAUGGCCAGCGUACGCAACGGCGAAGAGCUGCCCCUCUUGCGCCGGAUUGGUAUCGCCUCGGCGGGCUUCAACUUUUUCUGGCAGGCGAUCCCAUUUUUCGUCUCACUGGGCACGUUUGUUGCAUUUUCUUUCACGAGCGACACCCCGCUCACCGCCGACAUUGUAUUCCCUGCGCUUUCGCUGUACCAGCUGCUCAACUUUCCCAUGUCCAUGCUUGCGGGUGUCUUUUCCAUGUUUUUGCAAACGCAGAUCAGUGCGACGCGCCUGGGCGACUUUUUCGACGCAGAGGAGCUCGAUCCAAACGCACGCGUGCACAUUUCCAUUCCCGACGCAUCCGAACGUCCGCCGACUGCCUCGCACGUUCCCGACCACGCCGUCUCGCUGCACCAAGCCUCUUUCCGCUGGACGCACGACCAGCCGAGCGCUACACUCAAAGAGCUCACCAUCGCAUUUAAGCGUGGUGAGCUCACCGCUGUGCUCGGCAGAGUCGGCGCGGGCAAGUCGUCGCUUCUCGCGGCCAUUCUCGGCGAGAUGAUCCGCGACGGGGGCAAAGAGACGGUCUACGGCGAGAUCAGCUACUUUUCACAGGGCGGAUGGUGCAUGGGUGCGACGGUCCGCGACAAUAUCUUGUUUGAGCGCGAGUACGACGAAGCGCUGUACAAGCGUGUACUGUAUGCAUGUGCACUUGAGCCCGACAUUGCCCUGCUUCCCGACGGCGACCGCACCGAGAUUGGAGAGCGCGGCGUGAGUUUGAGCGGCGGUCAGCGAGCGCGUGUUGCUCUGGCGCGUGCAUGCUAUGCCGCGGCGGAUAUUUACCUGCUUGACGAUCCGCUCGCCGCGGUAGAUGCACAUGUCGGCGCACACAUUUGGAAGCAUGUCAUCGGACCCACCGGCAUUCUCCAAGGGCGCACACGUAUCCUGACCACCAAUGCCGUCUCCUUCUUGUCUGCGUGCGAUCAUAUCGUCACACUGCGCGACGGCGCUCUGCUCCCAGAGCGCGGCUCGUUUGCCGAGAUUAUGGCCAUGCGCGGCGAUGUGUACAAGCUUAUCACUGGCCUUGGACGCCAGGGCGACAAGGAACGGAGUGGCUCGGCAACGCCCAUCGAGAGUGCCGAGGCGGAGACUGUGCCGCUGCGCCGUCCGCGCGAGCUCUCGAAAGCAGAGAUCAAGCUCGACACCCUCCGCCAGCUGCGCGAGUCGAGUGUCCCGAAGGAAAACAAGGCGACGGGCUCCGUGUCGUGGGCCGUUUACAAAGACUAUAUCAAAAGCGCCGGUGUCAGCGGCGUUGUGCUCUUCUUUGUCGCCCAGGGCGCGACGCAAAUGUUUUCGCUUUCGCGCGAUAUCGUGCUCAAGCAGUGGAGUGCUGCCAACGAGCGCCACGGCGACGUUCCUGACCCGCACAUUACCCAUGUGUACCUCUCUCUGUACACACUUGUUGGCUUUUUCAGCUCGUUGGGCUACUGCGUUGCCCCCUUUAUCCUCUACACAAUCUUGGCCAUCAACACGGCCAAGUUCUUUCACGACGGCCUAUUUCACGCGGUUAUGCACUACCCUUUGCAGUGGUUUGAGACCACACCCACCGGCCGCUUGCUCAACCUCUUCAGCCGCGAUGUGAGCGUCGUCGACGAAGUGCUUCCGCGCGUGAUUCAAGGCAUGGUGCGCAGCUCGUUUGUCGUCGUGAGCGUGGUGUGUGUAGUAUGCUACUCUGUCCCCAGUUUCCUCGUGCUUCUGCUGCCGCUGGUGAUGCUGUAUCGCGCCGUGAUGAUUUACUACCUCGCAUCGAGCCGCGAGCUAAAGCGCCUUGACGCCAUCAGCAAGUCGCCCGUCUUUACCUGGUUCCAAGAGUCGCUCAACGGCCUCUCCACAAUUCGCGCGUAUGCACAGACCAAUGCAUUCACUGACUCGUUCGAGGCGCGUGUCGACCGAAACCAGAUGUGCUACUUGCCUGCCUUUACGUGCAAUCGCUGGCUUGCGAUACGAAUCGAGUUUCUCGGCUCGAUUGUCAUCUUUUUUGCGAGUACGAUGGCAGUACGCAUGGUCACGACUUCGGGCAGGAUGAGCGCUGGGCUCAUGGGCCUGAUGCUGUCGCAGGCGCUGAGCACGACGCAGGCGCUCAAUUGGGCCGUGCGGUCAAUUUCUGAGGUCGAGCAGAAUGUCGUGAGCGUCGAGCGGAUCAUUUCCUACAUGCACCUCCCCGAAGAAGCACCCUACCAACUCCCGGACACGGCGCCGCCGCCGCCAUGGCCCAAGCACGGCACGAUUGAAUUUUGCGAGUAUGCGACGCGCUACCGCCCGGAUUUGCCCCUCGUGCUGAACAAGCUGUCGUUCACGAUCAACGCGGGCGAGCGCGUCGGAGUGGUGGGCAGGACCGGCGCAGGAAAGUCGACGCUUACCCUUGCGCUCUUCCGCAUUGUCGAGUCUGUCCAGGGCUCGAUUAUGAUUGACGGGGUGGAUAUUGCCAGUAUGGGCUUGCACGAUCUGCGCAAGUCGAUGGCCAUCAUUCCGCAGGAUCCGCAGCUGUGGCAAGGGACACUGCGCCAGAACUUGGACCCAAUGGAGCAUUACUCGGACGCGGCGCUGCAAGAAGCGCUGGUGGAGUCGCGUCUCCAGGGCCUGCUUACCGAUCCGCUUGGUCUCGAUCAACCCGUCACAGAGUCGGGCUCGAAUUUCUCGAGUGGGCAGCGCCAGCUGAUCUGUAUUGCGCGUGCGCUUGUGCGCCACAGCAAGAUCCUUGUUUUGGAUGAGGCGACGAGUAGCAUCGAUCUCGAGACGGACGAGCUUGUGCAGACACUCGUGCGUGAAAAGUUUAAAGGGACGACAAUUACGAUUGCGCACCGUCUGAAUACAAUCCUCGAUUCGGAUCGCGUGCUGGUGCUGAAGGAUGGGUCGUUGUGCGAGUAUGAUACGCCGGCGAAUCUCUUGCGCGAUCCACAGUCGCAGUUCUACUCGAUGGCUAUUGAGGCUGGGCUUGCGGAUGCAAUGGAAGAAGGGAGAAGCAAUGAUAAGGCAGGUAUUGAAAUGAUUGACGCCAACGCCAACGCCGACACUACGAACAAGCUCCGCUAA